GUGUCGCAUCAGUAUUUCGUUUUUAAAAGUAGUUUAAACAUCUGAAUGAUACAAACCGUCAUUCACAAUCAACGUUUGUGCAUCGCAUCAAACAUCGUUCAUACGUUCAUCGUUUUAUAUUUUGUUUGUUCAUUGUGUUUUAGUUUAUUUUUAUUAUUUUACCAUUAUUUCUCGUAAUUGAUCUGUAGCUGUUUUGUUUUUUUUCGUCGAAAUUUCAAACUCAAUCACGUGAUACAACUGAUUAGAAUCGAUCUAUUUGAGAAAUAUUGACGGAAUAUGAGUGCAUUCGAGGUUGCAGUCACGCCACCACGCAUUAGGAAUGCACAGAAGGUAUCGGCGUCUCGUGAGCCAACCGAUGUUGUGCUUGGUUUAUUUUCGGCAAAAUCAAUUGUCACAUUCGAAGACAUCCCCGUUACAAAAACAGCACGACGCACACUUCACAUACACAAUCCAACGGAUGAUGUGCUGAAGGUGUUGGUAACGAGAACAGUAAAUCCGAUAGCAAAUGCGCAAUUGGAAUGGACAUCAAACGAGAUACCAGGUCGUGGUCACAUUUCAAUGGACAUCGUAUGGAAUCCAACGGUCGUUUGGUCUACACGAGAAAUCAUUCAAUUCACUGACAAUCGUAAUUUUAAAAAAGACGUCGCUGUUAUUCUGAAAUCAAUUGACAAAAAACAAAAUUCGAAGACUACGCUUAAGAAGUCAUUAGGUAUUAAGGCCGGAGAAAGAGUGAUCACAAAGAAAUUAGCAUUGAAAUCACCAUCGCCACGAACAAAGUCACAGCGAAGCCGGCUCAGCACAUUGGCCGCCGUGAAUUGUGUUAACAAUAAGAAGGAGCUGCCCAUGAAUGCUGUGGUCGACCAGCAGAAGAAGGUACUAGGAAUGAAUAAUCAGUCGAAUGGUUUUCCCAACGUGUCAAUUUACACAGCGCCGCAGAUAAUCGAAAAGGAAAACAUGAAGCCACAAUCACCGCCGAAUAUGUCCACAGUGUUGGAUGCGCUCAAAUUCACGCCAGCUGGCAAAAGCGCGCACAACACAUCAAACACGGACUAUUUGGCAUCUCUGCCGACGCCAAACUCGCAUUUGGAAAAGAAUCAAUCGUAUUGCGUUCCGUCGGCGCAUAUUUAUCAAAAUCUCAAUGAAACGGAAACGAUAAUGUCGACACCGCUCAAAGUCAACGAUCUGACCACCGUUCUUGGCAGUUUUCAAACGCCCAUCGAUCGCACCGAGGUGAAUCAUACACGGUAUUUUGACAAUGCUUAUGAUCGUGAUCAAUUUGCUAUGCAAAAAACGCCAGCAUUCAAUGAAGUGCCAAGUUUUCACUUUCAUUUGGACGAAGCGCCGUCAUCAACAGCUGAUAUGUUUGCUGUCCCGAAUCGCAAACUAAACCUAGAUAUUCCGAAUGUCUCACCGCACAACAAUAACGACAAAUCGCUUAUAACAAAUCGAACACAGACACUUUCAUCGCCGAUUGGCAUUCCGAAGCUGUCAAUCAUCGAAGAGGAACAAUCGAAAAUUGAAAUGAGCGAAACGUAUGUGAAGCCAAACGAGCAUCAUCUCACGUACAAUGUGGAGGAGGAAAAGUUACAGCCAACCGAGAAUCUGGUGCGGGAUAUACGCUUGAUUUCAACACCGUUGAGCAAAAAAUACCUUUCGAUGAAAGAGUUAACCGACAGCAACUUGAGUUUGGAGCAGAAAUUUUUGAAAAUAAACCAAGGUUCAAUGCCAAAUUUGCAUAAACUCGAAGCCGUCAAAUCGAUUGAAAACAAUCGCUACUUCUAUCAGAGCAUAGAAAAGGAUUUACAAGAAACGGAAAAUGCUCGGAACGGCGAUGAAGAGCACAACGAAAACCUGUGCGACACCAGCAUAACUAGUAUAUGCUCAGUGCAAAGCACAGUGAGCACACUAUCGGUAGCAUUUCAUGAGCACGAAAUUCAAGCGCAAUCCAGUCGUCUUAAUUUGAAUGAAAUCGGCCAAAAUAAAGUGGCAGAACCACAACCGACCAAUUUGUGUUUCAUCAUUGACAAACCAACACCGAAAGCGACGAGUGGCAUGAGUCGAUUUAAAACAUCAAAUAAAUACUUGUCUGCAUCAUCGCCGAAUGUAAACAAGGUGUUUGAAAAGCCAAAACUAUCUUCACAAUCGAUUAGAGACAUCAGUUCAUCGGCGAAGAGCCGGCCAUCGGUUAUUGCAUACGCUAACAGCAAUCGAAGCGCACUGAACAACUCAUCCGCGCUGAAGAAGCGAACACGGGACGACAAAUUGAACUCAUCAUCGAAAUCGCUCAACAAGCUAUCGCCACCCAAGCGAGUUUGCAUUGAACCUGAAUCACCGAAAACAAAAGGACAAGCAUUUCGCACGAAAACAUGGGGCGGCAUUAUGCCAAAGAAAUUCCGUAUACCAAGCAUACCACCACAACGUUUGCAAUUAAAACGGCCCGAAGAAGAACGAGUCUUUCUCUACGAUCCCGAAUUGCACAUGAGAAGCGUUAUAAAUCCGGAUCCAUUUGCCGCAACCACAACCUUAGAUCCAUUUUUGUCGCUCACAAUGUACUUGGAUGAACGAGCCGUUGACAAACAUGAGAUCCAAUUUAAGAAGUGGUUAAAUGCAUUGGUUACCAUUCCUGGUGAGAUGGAUGAAAGUGCCAAUCAGCCGGCCGAUGUGGCGAAACUAUUCAAUGAGGUGCAAAACAAGGAUUGCACAUUGGCACCAACCAAGGAAAUGGUUUCAUCGAAUUAUCUGACCAAAUACCGUUUGGCCAGCCUACGUACGGCUGCAAUUCAGUUGAUUUUGAGUCCAGAGAUGCAAGAAAAACUGGGAAAAUUAGCGGUACAUGUGGAGAAAAAACUGAUUCAAAUUCGUCAAGAUCGAAAUUUACACUUGGAUGUGGUUUUGCAACGCUCAAUCUUAGAGUUGCUGCUGAAAUUCAAUCCGCUUUGGUUACGCAUUGGACUGGAGGCAGUAUUCGGCGAAUCGAUUCCAAUGCACAACAAUCAUGACAUGGUUGCGCUCAGCUCAUUCAUACUGAAUCGACUGUUUCGUGAUCGAUAUUUGGAAUCGAAACAUCCAAAAGUCUAUGCACAAGGCGAUGUAUAUGGCGAUCACAUCAAAAAGCACACACUCAAGAAAAUGAUAAGCUUGUUGUACUUUUUGGAUGUGGCGAAAAAUAAGAAAAUCAUCAAACACAAUCCAUGCCUGUUUUUAAAAUCUUCCGAAUUCAAAGAGACCAAAGAGAUUCUGUUGCGCUUCUCGUCAUCUUUGCUGGGUAACAUUGGCGAUAUACAGCGUGAUUUGAAACGCAUCGGCAUUGUAUUGAUACACAAGCAAACUUAUAUCGAUGAAUUUGAUUAUGCCUUCCGCAAUUUGGCCAUCGAUUUACGCGAUGGCGUUCGCUUGACCAAAGUGAUGGAAAUUAUUUUAAUGCGAGAUGAUUUGACAUGUCAAUUACGUGUGCCAGCCAUUUCACGUACACAACGUGUUCACAAUGUAAAUUUGGCAUUGAAUGCACUCCAACAAGCCGAUUUUGCUUUGACAGGUAAAAUAACCCCAAAUGACAUUGCUGAUGGUCAUCGUGAGAAGACAUUGUCACUGCUCUGGCAGAUCAUCUAUCAAUUCCGCGCACCAAAGUUCCAUGCAGCUGCAACGGUCAUUCAAAUUUGGUGGCGCAAACACUGGUUGGGUGUAUGCAUUCGACGGCGAAUUCGUGCGAAGGUCGAACGCGCUCGAAAUCAAGCAGCCACUAAAAUUCAAGCAGCAUUCCGUGGUUAUCUCGGUCGUAAGUAUGCCAAACAAUACUUGGAGCAACGAACACAGGCUGCCAUUACAAUUCAACGAUAUGUUCGUCGUAUGAUUGCCAUCGGGGAGUUUAUGAUUCGAUUCAAUUGCAUUCUGUUCAUUCAACGUUGGUAUCGAAAUCAAAAGCUCGCCCAAAUGCAUCGUCAAGAAUACUUGAAACUGCGACGUAGCUGCAUUACGAUUCAAAAGUGGUAUCGAAAGAUUUUGUUGUCUCGAAGGAUUGAGCGAUUAGUAGUAGUUGCACGUGAAGUCCAGGAACAGUCCAAGAUAACUUAUCGAAGUGCCGUUAAAAUUCAGCAGAAAUUCCGUGGAUAUUUGCAAAUGAAAAGAGAACGCUCAGAAUAUUUGCAGUUGAAACAAGCCACCGUUACAAUUCAAAGACGGUUCCGAGCUCAAAUCGAAAUGCACAAACAAAAACGGAUCUUUGAGCGCCUGGUUGAAGUGAUUGUGAAUAUUCAACAGAAAUUUCGAGCAAAUUUACAGAUGAAAAUCGAACGAGCAUCAUUCGUGGCAUUGAAGAUAUCGACCGUUCGAAUUCAAAAGUGGUAUCGGGCUUGUCAACAGCGAGAUAUUCAACGAACCGAAUACCUUCGGUUGAAGCAGGCAACUAUGGUCGUUCAGAAUCGAUUCAGAGCUCUUCGUCAAAUGCGAACUGAACGGGAACGGUACCUGCGUAUACAGAAUGCUACUCAGAUGAUUCAAAGUCGAUUCAAAGCCUACAAAUUGAUGAAAGAGCAGCGCACAACAUACUUGGCACUUCGAAAAUCAGCAGUUUGCAUCCAGAGUCACUACAGAGCGCUCAUUGAAAUGAGAAAUGAACGUGAAAAGUAUGUGCAAUUAAAGAAAUCGGUGAUUGUAGUGCAACAACGGUACCGAGCAAAUAUGUUGGCUAGAGCAACACAAAAUGAAUAUCAAAAGAAACGAGCGGCGGUGCUUUGCAUUCAACAGCGAUUACGAGCACAGAAUGCCAUGCUGAAGCAACGUCAGGAAUACUUACAAUUGCGCUGGAGUGUUAUUGUGAUCCAAAAAAAGGUUCGAGCAACAAUUUUGAUGAAGAAAACUCGAUUAGAAUAUCAAAUUCUCGUGAAGAGUGCCAUUGUUCUUCAGAGCCGUGUCCGUGCAAAUCGUUUGGCAGCACAAGAACAAGCCUUCUAUCAACAGCUCAAAAUGGCCACCAUCAAAGUGCAACAACGUUUCCGAGCCAAUCGGGCAAUGAAGUCCGCUCAGUUUGAGUUCAAUCGACUAAAAAAGGCAGCAAUUUGUAUACAAAAACAGUUCCGCGCAAACCGGUUAAUGAAAAUGAAAGCUGAUGAAUUUGCACAAUUGAAAUCGGCAGCUAUUAUCAUUCAACGUAGGUUCCGCGCUCAACGCGCCAAGCAAAUACAACAAAUGGAAUACAAUGCCACACGCAAUGCAAUCAUCGCCAUUCAACGGCAAUUCCGUGCAAAUGUUCUGAUGAAAAAGCAACGCACGGAGUUCAUGAAAAUGAAAGAGGCAGCUAUUUGCAUUCAAUAUCGUCUUCGAGCCACACUGCUAAUGCGUCGAGAGCGCAGUGAGUAUUUGUUGAAAAGAUCAAGUGCCAUUUACAUUCAACGUUGUUAUCAUGAUCUGAUCGAAACACGGCAUCAACGAGUACGAUUUUUGAUAAUGCGUCGUUCCAUUGUCAACAUUCAACGGUUCUUCCGCGGAUACCUAGAAACGAAGCGUCAACGACAAGAGUUCUUAGCCCUUCGUUCGGCUGCCGUCACAAUUCAACAACAUUUCCGGGCCCAACAAGAAAUGUUACACGCUCGCGAGCAAUACCAAAUAGCCCGGACAGCAGCAAUAAAAAUCCAAAUCCACUUCCGUUCAUAUACGCUGAUGAAGCGUCAGCGUGAAGAGUUUGUUAAAUUGCAUGCAGCCACCGUAUGCCUCCAACAACGUUUCCGGGCGCAGUUACUGAUGCGAAAACAACGAACCGACUAUCUCCGGUUACAGUACAAUGUGAUUUUAAUGCAACGCCGGUAUCGCGCCAAAUUGCUUAUGAAGAAGAUUCAGGCUCAGUACAAAUUGUUGAAAUGUUUGGUCAUUUGCAUUCAAAGGAAGUUCCGUGCACUCAUCGUAAUGCGAGAGGAACGAGCGAAUUUUUUACGUUUAAAAUGGGCCGCCGUUGUUAUACAGCAAAAAAUUCGGGCAAAAUUAACGGCACGAAGAGACCAAAAGAGAUUUCAACGCCUCCAAGAAAUUGCAGUUGGUUUGCAAGCACAUAUUCGUGGUUACUUGGCUCGCAAACAUUUCAAAUCAUUAAUGACACCCGAAUUGGUUGAGAAAAGACGACAAAACAAGGCAGCCAAGAAGAUUCAAUCGUUUUGGCGCGGUUAUCGCAUUCGCAAAACACGUUCGCCCAUGCUGCGAGACAUUUGCGAAAAGGCAAAAUACUUACAGAAACAUGCACUGCAUAAGAACACAGUAGGUCAACGGGUCAAAGGAAUUGUCUACUUCUUGAAGUCAAGAUUCAAUGCCAAGGAUGCAUACUCAAUUCUCAAAGAAUUAGAGAUCAUUUCAUUGAACAUUCCACACACAUUGAUCCAUGAUUCAACGUUCAUCGGUAGUUUUUGCUAUGGAAUUAUGUCGCAGGCGAUACGAUCUGAAGUCGACAAACAGAUAAUCAGUCUUUGUUGUCGAGUUCUGCUCAAUUUGGCACGCUACAAACCGACACAACAAAAUGUAUUCCAAAUUCAUCAUUUUGAGACGGUUGCUCAAAUACUGUACCGAUGGUGUGACAAGGACUGUGAUAUAUUCAACGUACUCUGCACGGUUCUGUACGUAUUCAUUCAAUGUCCAACAAUCAAUAAGCAAAUGCGAGAUUUUAUGGUGACUCGUGAGGCGAUUUUCUUGCUUCGUGAAGCAAAAAAAUUGGUUGCUCGCAAAGAGCGAAUGCGAAGCAUUACACCGCCCGCAUGGAUGCCAGUGCUGACGCCAAAAGAGAAGCGAACGCUGCCAAUGCUCGAAACCAAUUUCGGUGUUCGAUCAUCAAAGAAUUACAUGUUUAACUGCUCCAUUUUUGGUUUAGACACAAUCUUGAGCCAAAUGAAUAUAAUCACUUAAUUUUGUUGUGAAUUAGAUAACGGUUUAACGGUUCAAAAGUUAUGACAGCAGUUGUGAUAUCUCAUUUCGAACUGUUCCAACGAUAAUUAUGUCUUUCAAUUCGUUUAGAUAUUAAUUAUAAUUUAAUUGCUUAAGAUUAGUUAGGACUUUACUUAGAUGUAAGAAGUCAGCAUGAAAAAAAAUUAAAUGUCUCGUUGAUUAGCCAUAAUGAUGGAUUUUAAAUUCUUUCAGAAGAGAAGAAAAACGCAAGAGUGAUUCAGAAUUAUGAUAUAAAUGUACGAAUACACUCGCAGAAACUUACAUACAAUUGCGCACAGUUGAAAGAAUAAAAGAAUUUGUUUUGUUUUUCGAUCAAUUUACAAAGAAAUAAAAUGAAUUUUUGCAUAUAUA